UUUAAGAAGCUUCACAGUGGUGCAAGAUAAGGCUCAAAAGCUGUUCUCCCCGCUUCCAGCCUAUUAGCCGUCACGGUUUAGAAUUAUUUUGUCUUAACUCAUUUCUCGGAUGUAAGUCAUUUGCCUAUGAAAAUCAAGAAAUCCGGUGGGAGAUGAGGUUGUAACGAUGGGGGUGCAAGCUUUAAUUAUAGUGUCCCUCCUUCUUUGUGCUAACAGUUCAGCUUUUAUUGUGUUCAGCUCACUCGCAGAGAAUGAAGAUGCCCUUUUGAGGCACUUAUUUCAAGGAUAUCAGAAAUGGAUCAGACCAGUAAAACAUUCCAAUGAUACCAUAAGGGUGUACUUUGGAUUAAAGAUAUCCCAGCUAGUAGACGUGGAUGAAAAGAAUCAGCUAAUGACAACAAAUGUAUGGCUGAAACAGGAAUGGAUUGACCACAAAUUGUGCUGGAAUCCUGAAGACUAUGGUGGGAUCACAGCAAUCCGAGUCCCAUCUGAAUCUCUCUGGCUUCCAGAUAUUGUUUUGUUUGAAAAUGCUGAUGGCCGCUUUGAAGGUUCGUUGAUGACGAAAGCAAUCGUCAAAUAUAAUGGGAUAGUAGUCUGGACACCUCCAGCAAGUUAUAAAAGCUCCUGCACAAUGGAUGUGACCUUCUUCCCAUUUGAUAGGCAGAAUUGCUCAAUGAAGUUUGGAUCAUGGACCUAUGAUGGUAACAUGGUGGACUUAAUCCUAGUAGACGAAAAUGUGGACAGGACAGAUUUCUUUGAUAAUGGAGAGUGGGAAAUCCUAAAUGCAAAAGGAAUGAAGGGAAACCGAAAAGACGGGUUGUAUUCCUUCCCUUUCAUAACCUAUUCUUUUGUUUUAAGACGCCUCCCUCUGUUUUACACUCUCUUCUUAAUCGUCCCAUGCCUAGGAUUAUCUUUUUUAACGGUGCUUGUUUUUUACUUGCCUUCUGACGAGGGAGAAAAACUAUCGCUCUCGACUUCCGUUUUGGUCUCCCUGACUGUUUUUCUCUUAGUCAUUGAAGAAAUCAUCCCGUCUUCCUCCAAAGUCAUCCCCUUGAUCGGCGAAUACUUGUUGUUCAUCAUGAUUUUUGUAACCCUCUCCAUCAUCGUGACGGUUUUCGUAAUUAAUGUGCAUCAUCGUUCGUCUGCAACUUACCAUCCGAUGGCUCCGUGGGUGAAAAGACUCUUCCUCCAGAAACUCCCCAGGCUGCUGUGCAUGAAAGGACAUAUAGAUCGCUAUUCAUUCUUCGAACCUGAAGGGACGCUGAAACAAAAGCCGGCCAGAAAACAUAAAUACAAACAAUUCAAGGAUGGAGAAAAAAUUGUGAUUGCGUUCUUGGAAAAGGCUGCGGAUUCCAUCAAGUAUAUCUCCAGGCAUGUUAAAAAGGAACACUUCAUCAGGCAGGUAGUGCAAGACUGGAAGUUUGUAGCUCAGGUCCUCGACCGCAUCUUCCUGUGGCUAUUUUUGGUGGUGUCUGUGAUGGGCUCCGUUCUUAUAUUUACCCCUGCUUUAAAGGCGUGGUUGCGCAGUGGUUUGUAGAACUAUGUCCUUAUGCAUCCUUACAGGAGAAUCUACUGAAGGAAAACAGCAGGAUGGCAAUAUGGAUGAUUAGCUAGCAUUCAAUGUGUUUCUGGGGAACUUGAAAUGCCACUCCAAUUGGCAGCAAUCAAUGUUAUUGAUUGGAUACUCAGGUCAAGUUUUAAAGCUGAACCCUAUGCUGACUUACCUGGGGGUAAGCAGGGCCGGUGCCAGACUAUUUUGCGCCCUAGGCAGGUGAGCUGCUUUCACCCACUGCCACCCCCACCCCAGCAUACCUGGGAGCAGGGUGCCAUCUUGCCCGCCCAGCCGAAGCGAAGCCAGGA